GUCAAAGCUCUUUAAAAUGGACUGAAACCGAAAGAACGUUCGUUGUAUUUCAUGCAGCAUUUGAGAGCAUUAAGGUUCGCGUUCUCUGUUAUAAGUUUCUAGCAUUGCUUUUAUAUAUUCUUGACCGUAUUUGUAUCGUAUUAAAUGUGUUCUAUAUAAGUUCUUUGGUGUGACUCCGUUUUUUUUCGAUUCAUCAGUUAGAGAGACUCAAAUUCAAAUAUGUCGCAACUUAACAAAGAAAACACAAAGGUAGUUCAACAUUCCGCAAUCAAUAAGCCCAUUUGCGGUGCUAGAGCACUAGCUGCCGGAGCCACAAGUGGUCGGUUUUUGAAGCAGUACAAUAAUGCCGUAGAGUCUCGAAAUGUAUUCAAAGAACCUGCUCUACCAACUGCUGCCAGCAAAAUAACUGCCAAACCAGAAUCCAUUCCAUCCGUUUUAAAUAAGGCAAAGUUUUUCAGAGAAGAGUCAUUAGAAGAUGAACCACCCUCGGUGAAGCAACCGGAAAAAAUAAAUCCGAAAGAAGAAGCGCAGUUUAAGUUGCCCACGGCUAUAAGCAAAUUAAAACUAGAUAAUCAGAAAUCCGCAGGACACAUCCCUCAAUCAUCAUCAUCAGCUAUACAACAGCAGCUGUCCGGGCAAGGGACCAUAAUUUCGUCUAACCAAGGCAAGGAGAAGAAAAUAUGGACAUUAUCGAAUUUCGACAUUGGACGUCCACUUGGACGUGGAAAAUUUGGCAAUGUUUACUUAGCUCGUGAGAAGGAAACCAAAUUCGUGAUAGCACUGAAAGUUCUUUUCAAAAAACAAGUUCACGCUCAAGGUAUUGAACACCAGGUUCGACGUGAAAUCGAAAUUCAAUCUCAUCUGCGUCAUCCAAAUAUCCUGCGAAUGUACGGUUACUUUCAUGAUGAGACCAGGAUCUAUCUCAUUCUGGAAUAUGCCCCUGGUGGUACCCUAUUCAGUAAAAUGCAAAACCAGCCGGGCAACAAGUUCCCAGAGAAGCAAUGUGCAGAGUUCAUCAGUAUGCUCGUAUCUGCAUUGAUCUAUCUGCAUGAGCGCAAUGUGAUUCAUCGUGAUAUUAAGCCAGAGAAUUUGCUACUGGGUCAUAAAGGAGAAUUAAAGAUUGCUGAUUUUGGGUGGUCUGUUCACGAACCCACCUCUACGCGAACUACGCUUUGCGGUACGUUAGACUACCUUUCGCCAGAGAUGGUUCAAGGCCAUCCGCACACAAAAACUGUUGAUUUAUGGAGUCUUGGAGUGCUGGCAUACGAGCUGCUGGUAGGUCGGGCACCUUUCCACGCCGUCAACUACGACGAAACUUAUAACAAAAUAAUGAAAGUACGAUAUGAAAUACCGCCUGAAAUGUCCCGACCAGCGUCGCACCUUAUCUCGCGUCUUCUUCUGAAAGAACCGGAGCAACGAAUGCCGCUGGAACAUGUAGCUAUACAUCCUUGGAUAAAGCUAUACGUUGGCACCAAGCAAUGAUACUCUUUCAAGAGGACUAGCGCUUAAAAAAAUUUGAAUAAUUAUAGGGUCAAUAUUUUUUUUUCUACUAGAAAUGAUUUGUUUACAGCUGUUUAGCAAUCUAGUGAUAGCUGUGAUUAUCUUUUUCAAUAAGUGCGGUUUAAUAUAGUAGAUAAUAAAACAAAAUGACUAACACGAAUGUUAUAUUAUUUUUGGCGUAGAACAACGCCUUUCUUUCAGGGUGCGAAUCAGGUUAGGUAUUUAACAUUUUUAUGUAACAGCUUUUUCUUAUACCCUCUGUUUAUUUCACUAGGCUCAUUUAGUAAUUCAACUGUAACAGCCGAAUUUAUUGGUUUACAUUUUUAUCUCACGAUAAUUUGUUGUAUAUUACACAGUAGCCAUUUAGGCAUUAAAGUAUUCCUAUAUUAUCGAUACACAUGACGCCUUUUUCGACGUAAGAAUAUUCCUAUUGUUCGAAUGUACACAGCGGAACUGUUGAUAUGAUGCUUCCAUUGUUGUGUUAUUAAUAGUACCAAUUACCGCUGCAGCAGACCGUAAUGUGAGCGGUAAGGGACGGGGAUUACCUUCACAUGAUGAUUGUAGCUAGUAGCUAGAAUAACACACAAAGAUGGCCCUGAGCUAUGUGCUCAUGAUGACCCCCUAUGAAAAAGCUUUAAAAUUAAU